UAGACGCGUUUGCCUUCCUUCCUCUUUUUCAAAACACUUGUGUUCGCAGUGCUUGUGGGGGCUGCGGGCAGCUGUGCAUGGUGCCAGGGGAGUGCUCCUACCAAACUCCAGAGUCUUCAUUCACAAGGAGAGGUGCAAAUCUGGAGCAAAGCCCAUGACUGGACCACAGAGGGAAGAAAAGGCCUAUCGCUGAACUAGGGUGAUUCUUUUCACACACAGAAGGCUAACAGAUCUUUAUGUAAAUGCUGAAUUGGUGGUGCACACAGAGGGAAGCAGCUCUCUAUGGAAAUCACUCAAAGGGACUGAGGACUUCAUCUACCUGAUCACAGCCCCGCAGACAUCAUGACGAGUCCCUACAGCACAGUCUUUAGCAACGAGUCUCACACAUCUGGCACCACUGAGGCCGGUACGCAGAGGCCCCACCCAACAGUGAACGGCAGCCAGUGUCAGCUGGACGACAGCGCCCUGAGCGUCCCGCUGGCCUUCUGCUACUCCCUCUUCUUCCUCUUCGGCCUGGCCGGGAACCUCUUUGCGCUGUGGGUCUUCCUGUUCGUCCACGCCAAGAAGAACUCGGUGCGCGUCUUCCUCAUCAACGUGGCGGUGGCCGACCUGCUGCUCGUGGCCUGCCUGCCGUUCCGCGUGCUCUACCACGCCGGCGGCAACCGCUGGCCGCUGGGCCACACCCUCUGCAAGGUGGUGGGCAACGUCUUCUACAUGAACAUGUACAUCAGCAUCACCCUGCUGGGCUUGAUCAGCGUGGACCGCUACGUCAAGAUCCGCCGGCCGGCCUGCAGCCGCUGGCUGCAACCGCAAGGGUGGAGCGUCGCCGCCUGCUGCGUCGUCUGGCUGGCGUCCAUCGUCGGCACCGUGCCCAUGAUCACCAUCUCCUACGACGACGGGGAGCCCCACAGGUGCUUCCACUACAAGAGGAGGCAGGGGGCCGAGUGGAUGGCCUACUUCAACGGCUUCCUGGUGGCCCUCUUCUGGGCGGUGUUCCUGGCCCUGGUGGUCUCGUACGGGAGGAUCGCCCUGGAGCUGCUGGAGACGUCCAGGGCCAAGCCAGACCUCCCGAACGCCGUCAAAUACAGCCGGACGGCCAAGAAGUCCUUCUUUGUUCUCUUCCUCUUUACCGUCUGCUUCGUGCCCUACCACGCCUCCCGCUGCUUCUACAUCCACUCCCAGAUCAGCGAGGUGUCCUGCCACUGGAGAAACGUCCUGGACAGGGCCAACGAGGUGGUGCUGCUGCUCUCCACCUUCAACAGCUGCCUGGACCCGGUCAUGUACUUCCUGCUGUCCGGCUCCGUCCGCAAGGCCACCCUGCGGGUCGUCUCCGACCUCUUCCACCCGCGGGGCGGCGGCAGCGACGACUCCCCGAGGCCCUCCGUGGUCCCCGGUGUCUCCACCUCCAGGGCCAGCAGCAGCAUGAUCACCCCGCUGCGUGUCAACCUCGCCGCCCUUUCCAAACAGUGAGGACCAGGGCCGUCAGCUGACAUCACUUCCUACCCGCACUGAAGUGAUCGGAGAUCCUCCAUUGAACGACUGAACCUUAUUCCCUCUGU